UCAAAACAAUUGCACCUUUGCGCUUCCCUCAAGGUUUGGAAGAGGCGAGCUGAGUCACGUGAUCCCAAGAGCUGGCUCCUUUAAGAGGAAGGCUACCUUGUGGUUUUUUUAAAGGAAUAAUUUAGCCUAGAUGUGUUUCUGCACUUCCUGGAAGAAUGACAGAUGACAAAGAUAUACUCAGAGAUGUGUGGUUUGGACGAAUACCAACCUGUUUUAUGUUAUAUCAAGAUGAGAGUACCGAAAGGGAAGCGGAACCAUACUAUCUGCUUUUACCCAGGAUAAGCUACCUAACACUUGUAACAGACAAAGUGAAAAAACAUUUUCAAAAGGUUAUGAGACGAGAGGACAUAGGAGAAAUAUGGUUUGAAAAUGAAGGCACCCCUUUGAAAUGGCACUAUCCCAUUGGUUUACUAUUUGAUCUUCACGCUUCAAAUGCAACCCUUCCAUGGAAUAUCACAGUACAUUUUAAGAACUUUCCAGAAAAAGAUCUUCUGCAUUGUCCCUCUAAGGAAGUAAUUGAAGCUCAUUUCAUGGCCUGUAUAAAAGAAGCAGAUGCCCUGAAGCAUAAGAGUCAAGUGAUCAAUGAAAUGCAAAAAAAGGAUCAUAAGCAACUUUGGAUGGGGUUGCAGAAUGACAAAUUUGAACAGUUUUGGGCCAUAAAUCGGAAACUCAUGGAGUAUCCUGCAGAAGAUAAUGGGUUUCGCUACAUCCCAUUUAGAAUAUACCAGACAACAACGGAGCGACCUUUUAUACAGAAGCUAUUCCGUCCUGUUGCCGUAGAUGGACAGCUACAUACACUGGGUGAUCUCCUAAAAGAAGUUUGUCCUGCUGCAAUUAACCCUGAAGAUGGUGAAAAGAAGACUCAAGUGGUGAUUCAUGGAAUAGAACCAAUGUUGGAGACACCAAUACAGUGGCUAAGUGAACAUAUGAGUUACCCUGAUAACUUUCUACACAUCAGUGUUAUUCCACUAUCUGCAGAUUAAAGUGUCAUCAUGUUUGUCUGAGGAUCAGCCUUUGAUGGGGACAGCAAAAUGUACAGCUAAGUACAAUCAGGCUUGGUGAGGAUGACCUGACCAGAAAUCUUUGCCCCUGCAAGCUGAACAGGAAGAAGGAUCCUUCAUGUGAUAAGAGCAGUUGAGCUGGCCGAUUUUUGCAUUAGCCAUUUUUUCUCCACUGUUGUCAUUAACUUUGAAUGUGACACAUGAAGGCUACUGCAAGUCUUCUAUUUCUCUAAUGAUAAAUAUGAAGUGGAGAGCAUGAGGAAUAAGUGGAAAUAUGUGCCACUUUGUAUUUCUUAUUAAUCAAUAAAAAGGGGUAUUUUCCAAAGUUGCAAUGACUUGCCUUUAAAAUUAAAAUCUGGUUUAUUUUAGAAAAUUAGAUGAAUAUUCUAUUAAAAUGAAUAUGCAGUAUCUCUUUAGAAAAAGAUGGCAUGCUGAACUCCUUUCUCUGGGAUUUCAUAUACAGAGUUUCUUUCAAAUUUUAUACUUGGCAACUGAAUUUUUAAACAACCACAUAUUUUGUAUUCUACAAAUUACAUUAGUGAUCCUAAACACAUUACUAGCAUUAGUAAUCUUACUGGCAUUAGUAUGCCUUAGUUCAAAGUAAUACUGGUAAGUUUCUUGCAUAAUUUAUAUGUACUAUGACACUGGAUAUGCUCAGCUGCUAGAUGGUAGGAGGAUUGGGUUCUCUUUCAGCAGAAUAGCACCACAGAGGGAAGGUUUUUUCCUUUUUCUCCAGCAGUUUCCUGUGCAGCCCACUGCCUGCUUUGGCGAGCCAAAGAACUAGAUUUGGUAUCAGUCAGGAUGAAUGUAGGGAGGAGGAGGAGGGGAAGUCCUAUUGUAUGACCAGAUGUCCAGUCACAUGGCACUGAGUAGAGACCCUAAUUUACUGGACCGUAUAAACUUUUUUUUUAAAUUCCCGAAAUGUAUUGGUUUCAGUUAAGGGGUUUCAUAUGCAGCAAAACAGUUUGAAAAAUAUGAUUCCUUCUAAAUAGUUUGUAAGAGAUUUUUGGGAGUUUCAAGGGUUGGAUUUUCUCAACUCCCAAAGAAGUAAUGGGGUAGACAGCACUAAUAACUUUUCAGAUGAGCCCAAGCUCCAGUGAGAGUCAAGUGCAGGAGUCCUUCUGCGUCCAGCCGUACCCUUCUGCCAGCUUGGGACAACUUUAGCACAUUAGUUCUGGGCAUCUAACAUAAAACAAGGCGGAUAGAUCAAAUAAUAUUCUCAUACAGAAUCAACAUUAAAAAAGCCUCCCAAGAUCAAAUUUGUUCUUAAAUUUUGAUGCCACAAAAGGACUUUUUUUUUAAUUUGUGUCCUGUGCCUCUAGGCUUAUUGGAGUUUGGGAUUUAUUUUUAUAAUUAGUGAUUUAAAAUUCUAUUUGGAAGUAUUAGAGAUUCCUUCAUACUUUUGGCCAAUACUUGUUCCAGAACUUUUCAGAAGCAGCUGAAAGUCUUGCUACUAGAUAUACUUGUUGACUAUAAUGGAGACUUACCAAUAGUUGCAAUUGCCCCCUUUGUUCCACUAGUAAAUAAGAGAAGUAAUGUUUGGUAAUAUGAAUGUAUACUGAAUUCUUACCUUGUAUCAUCUUCUAAAUAAGAUUUUUUUUGAGGCCAUUAGCUAUUAUAAAAUGUAUAAAGUUUUCUUGAAAUAAAGU